AUGGAACCAAGAUCUAGAGAAACUACUCCUACUAAAGAGGAUUUGGAUUUUAUAGUUGAUGAUGGUUAUAAACAUGACGAGGAUCCAGAUUAUGUUCCAGAUAAAAAAUAUCUUGUUAGUGGAAAUGAUUUCAAAAAACUAACCAGGAAUGCUAAAAAACUUGGUGCUGAAUCGCUUGAUUAUUCAACACGAAAAAAUAACAAAUAUAUGGCAACUCUUCAAAGUGGAAAGAAAGUUCAUUUUGGUUCGCCUAAAUAUCCAGAUUAUCUUAUUCACAAAGACAAAGAAAAAAGAGAUAAGUAUCUUGCUAGAGCGACAAAGAUUAAAAAUAAACAAGGAGAGUUAACUUAUAAUAAUCCAGAAUCAGCUAACUAUUGGUCAACACGUCUUCUCUGGCCAAAAAAAGUUAUUUAAAGAUUAUAUAAAAAUAAUAUAAAAUGAGUUCAUCCAAUGACUUAGAUUUAGAUGGUAAAAAAGUUUUUGUUAAUUUAGAUAGAGAUAGUAUUUAUAAACAAGUACUUUUAAAAGUUAUAGAAGAAGGAUUUAAACAAAUAACAUUAAGAUUGGAAAGUAUUUCAUUAAAGUUAUCUUUUUUAGAAAAUAAAAUUGAAAAUAAAUUUAGGCUUUAAGAUUAAAUUAUUAUAAUAAAAAAUGCAGUUAUCAGCUUACGAAAAUCUUACGCCAGAGAAUAUUAUUUUUAAUGAUCCUAAAGAGUACAAAGUAAAAGAUAGCAAAAUCAAAUACAAACGUAUACCAAUUGAAGUCAAAUAUCCAAAUAACAAAAAAGGCCCACUAGUAAUCGAAACUCCAGUUCUUUUCUCUUUUGGAGUAAGUGAGAAGAAAAACCAAGAAACAAACAAGUUAGUAGGCUACUCCAUACCAGUAUGUCUUUGGGCUAAAGGUAGUGAGCCGAGUACUAAAGAGCGUGCAUUUUUUGAUGUUAUUAAUAAUAUAACAACUGCCUCUCAACAAUAUUUGGAGAAUGAAUACGGUGCAGAUAUGGCAUCAACUUUAUCUUCACCAUUUUAUUUUAAACAGGAAGAAUAUACAGAUAAGAAAGGAAAGAAGAAAACAAGAGUAGAUCCAUCAUCUUCGCCAGUUCUUUACGCAAAACUGAUUUACUCUGAGAAAUCUAAGAAAAUUCUUUCGCUAUUUAAAACAAAAGGAAAGAAAGAUUUAAAUCCUUUCAAAUAUAUCAAUCAGUAUGGUAAUGUUAAAAUGGCACUGAUAAUCGAAGGAAUCUUUAUAAGUAAAACUGUUACAUCUUUACAAAUAAAAGUACAUGAGUGCUAUGUCAAACCAUUAAAACCUAGAGAAUCUUUACUAACAAUUGAAGAGGAAGAUGAAGAUGAAGAGGAUAGUGAGCAAGUAGUUGAAGACUUACUUUCAUCUGAUAAAGAAGAAAAUGAGUAA